GACCAACAAGCCAAGCUUUGUUACAGACCGACCAGAAGCAGAAACUGCAGAUAGCUUCAAGCUAACGCUAGCUAUAGAUUAUUAUCCCCAUUUUGGGGCUGUUUCUAAGUCGUUGGUUUGCUAGCUCCCGUAAGGCUGGCUUCACUGGCCAAAAAUGCAGAAAUAUGAGAAGCUUGAAAAAAUCGGAGAGGGUACGUAUGGGACCGUCUUUAAGGCUAAAAACAGAGAAACUCACGAAAUUGUGGCUCUGAAACGGGUCAGGUUGGACGACGAUGACGAGGGGGUGCCAAGUUCUGCCCUGAGAGAAAUCUGUCUCCUGAAGGAACUAAAGCAUAAAAACAUAGUCAGGCUACAUGACGUUUUGCACAGUGACAAGAAGUUAACUUUGGUUUUUGAAUAUUGUGAUCAGGAUUUGAAGAAGUAUUUUGACAGCUGCAAUGGGGAUCUAGAUCCUGAAACUGUGAAGUCAUUCAUGUACCAGCUGUUGAAAGGUCUCGCUUUCUGCCACAGUCGAAAUGUUCUUCACAGAGAUCUGAAGCCGCAGAAUCUCCUCAUUAACAGGAACGGGGAGUUAAAGCUGGCUGACUUUGGGCUGGCUCGAGCCUUUGGCAUUCCUGUAAGGUGUUACUCAGCAGAGGUAGUGACAUUGUGGUACCGGCCUCCAGAUGUGCUGUUUGGUGCUAAACUUUAUUCUACCUCAAUUGACAUGUGGUCAGCUGGCUGCAUAUUUGCAGAGCUGGCUAAUGCUGGGAGGCCUUUAUUCCCCGGGAACGAUGUGGACGACCAGUUGAAAAGAAUCUUCAGAUUGUUGGGUACACCAACUGAAGAACAGUGGCAGACUAUGACAAAACUCCCCGACUACAAGCCAUAUCCCAUGUACCCAGCCACCACGUCUCUGGUGAACGUGGUCCCCAAACUAAGUAGCACAGGACGGGAUCUACUCCAGAACCUGUUGAAAUGUAAUCCUGUCCAGAGGAUCUCUGCAGAAGAGGCCUUGCAGCACCCUUACUUUGCAGAUUUCUGUCCACCCUAAAUGCUACAGUAAAUUGCCUCUCCCUGAGCCUCAGCCACCAGAAUCAAUCAUCCUUCCCUCUGUUGGGUCAUUAGCACCAGUCUCAACAAGGCAAAUCCCUCACCAGUUUUCAAAACACUCCCCUGCUUUAAUUCUGCUGUGCCUCUGUGUGGAACAAAGUCCUAGUGGCUC